CCAUUACUCAAUACAAUCCACAAGAUGCCACCACUAAUCCUUCUUUAAUCUUGGAAGCGUCCACCGUAGCUAAAUCGCGGCACCUAAUGGCUCUUUUUGAAGAAGUUGGCGUUGAUAAGUCACGUGUCAUGAUUAAGAUUGCUUCCACCUGGGAAGGAAUUCAAGCCGCAAAAAUCCUUGAAAAUGAAGGAAUUAAAUGUAAUAUGACACUCUUAUUCUCCUUCACUCAAGCUGUGGCUUGUGCUGAGGCUGGUGUAACCUUAAUCUCCCCAUAUGCUGGUCGAAUCCUUGAUUGGUACAUGAAAAAUACAAACAAGACUUACAAAUCUUACGAAGAUCCCGGGGUUUUGUCUGUUAUCGAAAUUUAUAAUUAUUAUAAAAAAUUUGGCUAUAAAACCAUCGUCAUGGGUGCUAGCUUCCGUAAUACGGGAGAAAUUGAGGAACUAGCGGGCUGUGACUUUUUAACAAUCGGUCCCGCAUUGUUAAACAAGUUACAAAACAGCUAUAAAAAAAUAGAAAGGAAAAUAAGCCCCGAUACAG